AUGGAUGGCAUUAUGAGCGCGGAAAUGAUGCCUGACCAACAGGAAGCCGUCGGGUCCGAGAUUGAGGGCCAGGAGAGCCAUUUCCUCCUGUAUCGAUUCAGCACCGAAAGACACGGGCCCAACAGUACGAGACCCCACCGGCACGCUGACUUUAUUGACAUACUGGCCGUGGCCGGCCACGUCGAGGUCCGCUGCCUGCCCAUCAUCUGGCAAACGGCACGAGCAAGUGUUGGCCUCGGCGGAACCAGCAGCAUCCGGCUCGCACCGCUCGACGCGCAAACCGAGUUGGCCUUCAAGCUGAUCAAGGACGAAGAAAAAAUAUCCGCAAAGAAGGGCGAGAUCUUCAGCCUCAUUUGGAACGAAGUCUCCACCCUGGGCCAUCCCGAGCUUCGAGCUCACAGCAACAUCGUUGAUCUUCUUGGAAUCUGCUGGGAUAUUGGAGACGAUGACAUUGUCUGGCCUGCACUGGUCUUUGAGAAGUCUCAUUUUGGGGACCUUCAUCGUUUCACGAGUCUACCCCGAUGGACCCAGCUCGGUUCGCUGGAUCGACUUAAAAUAUGUGUGGAUAUCGGGGACGCAAUAUCCCUCAUGCACAGUCACAAUAUUAUCCAUGGAGACUUGAAGCCACACAACGUCCUCAUAUUCAAGGAAAGUGACACGUUUGUCGCGAAAGUCACAGACUUUGGGUACAGUCAUCAAUACUCUGGUGCUGCAGAUGCUUAUAGCCUUCCUCUUUCUGAACCCUGGCAAGCACCCGAAAUCGACGGGUCCGACACGGAGUUUUCUUUGCAGGAGGCGAAGCGAGCGGAUAUCUACUCGUACGCUCUGUUGUGUGCGUGGAUAUUGUACCAGCACCGACUUCACGAAUGUGUCGCUCACGACAACGCAAAUCCCUGCUCGGGGAACAACUCUAUCAGCUCGUUGCAGAAACUCAAGAGCAGCGGACAGCUACAGAAAGUGGUUCUGGACUUGGUCGAUGGUGAUGAGCUUCAACCAAAGCACAAGGCUGAGCUGCGAGAACUUUUCCGCCAUGCCUUGGCUUCAGAACCAAGUGCAAGGAACGAGAUUCUCUGGAGUUCAUUCAAACUUCUGAAACAGCCAGACCGAGAUGCUCACCAGCCGCCUACUGACGUUGACACUCCGGCCAUUGAAUUCAAGCUUGACACGGCAAUCGUGCAAUACUACCAGUGUGACCAUCGUGUUCGAAGUUACAUUACAAAAUGCCUCCAGCAGCGUGUCGACGGCGCGAGCCAAAGUGCUCAAACAACCAAUGACACUGUGCAGCUGGCAAUGUGCUACCACAUCGGAUUCGGAGUCCCACGAAACGAAGAGAGAUCUCGUCAACUUUGCGCCAAUCAAGACAUGACCGAACGGAUUCACGCCGCCAUCAACGCGGUUGGCAAGACCUCCAUGCAGCUGGAUCAUCCGCUGAUUCGGCGUAUACUGGCCGCGGGCUCUCUCGGGAACUUGCAUCAGAUUGGCCAGAGGCAAAAUUUUGCCUCGCUUCAAGCGACCGAAAAUGUUCUGGUCCGGGAGCUGGACGACAUCGGGAACAGCAUCGACAAUCUUGUGCUGAAGUACCUCAUUACGCGAGCGCUGAUUGAUUGUUUGAGACUCCAGGGCCGCCUGGACCUGGUCGAGAGGCUGGAGAGUCAAAUGGUCAAUUUCGACGAGACGUCCCUUGGCAGAGACAAUUUGGCGACGGUGGCAGGCAAGACCAAUCUGGCACAUCUGCAUUGGAGCCAAGGCAAACUCGACCGCGCCCUCGGCGUGAUGGAGGAAGCAUUGCAGUCCAGUCGGCGAAUCCUGGGACCGGACGAUGCAUUGACACUGACGAUCACGGGGAACGUUGCGGCCAUUUACAACAGUCUGGGAGAUUUCGGGCAAGCCGAGAAGCUGGAGCUCGAGCUGCAAGCAAAGAGAUCAGCGUCGCUGGGAAAAGAUCAUCCGGACACUCUGACAAGCAUUGCCAACCUAGCAGCGAUUCUCUUGCGCCAGGGCAGGCUGCACGAUGCCCUCCCCCUGGCGGAACAGGCCUGCCAGGCGCGAAGAAAUAUUUUCGGAAACGAUCAUCCGGACACCGUAAUCAGCAUGUCUAACCUCGCCCUGAUACAUCAGGGUCUCGAGCGGUAUGAAGAGGCCGAAUCGCUCUUCGUCAAGGCCACUGAUACCAGCAAGCGGAUCUUGGGGGAGGAUUCUCCCAGCACCCUGAUGUGCAUGGCCAACCUGGCAUUGAACCAUUGGUACCGAGAUCAGCUGCAAGAAGCCGAAGAUCUAGGUCUGAAGGUUGUGGCGAAAAGGAGAUAUGCACUUGGACGAAGCCAUCCGGAUACCCUCACCAGUAUUGCAAAUCUGGCCUUGGUCUACGAAAGCCAGGGCCGCCUGGAGGAAGCGCUGGAUUUGGAAGGCUACGUCCUCGAAGAGUCGCGCGCACAACUGGGUGACUCCCAUCCAGACACUCUGAUGAGCAUGGACAAUCUCGCCAACACACACCAAAACAUGAAACACUGGAUCGAGGCCGAGUCCCUCUUAGUAGAGGCACUGGCGACACGAAAGCGAGUCCUGGGUGAAACCCAUCCGGAUACAAUGGUGAACACGCACAAGCUCCUCCUGGUGCUCUCCAAGUUGGGCAAAGAAAACGAGAUUAGACAGAUUGGCGAGGACCUAGCCCUCCUGAGCUCGUAG